AUGAUGCCUGGACUUACAACCCAAACCUUAGUCCAAUCUGAGAAGCCUGAGAAGCCACUCGUGGUUUGGCAGUCACUCAAGAAAUGUCUUCCGCCAGCGGAAAACAAGGAUGUUGAAUUUUGGUGGAAUCUCACUGGGUAUCAUCUCGCAGUUAUGAUCGACGCGGCAGGUUACUCUACCCAGCUACAAUAUGAGACCCUUCUCUUCCACUAUCACUGGAUUGUCCCUAGACUGGGCCCAGCGCCUCACCCUGAUGGCACUGCGGUCUUCAAGUCUCUGGUCGCUUACGACGGCUCGCCAUUUGAGUACUCGUGGAAAUGGAACACCACGUCCGGCGAACCCGACAUCCGCUACUCCUGGGAGGCGAUCAACAACUCCUCAGGAACCGCCGCUGACCCUCUGAACCAUGAUCCCACGCUCGACUAUAUGGAGAAAGUGCCAAGCGCCCUCUCGGGCGUCGACUUCUCAUGGUACCGCCACUUCCUGGCAGAGCUGUACAACCCAGACAGGUCCGUCUAUGCCAAGGAGCUGGAGGACGGCGAGCCGCCAGCGACGACUCUGAUGCACGCCGUUGAGUACAAUAAGAAAGCCAGCUUCGGGCUCAAGUCGUACUUCCUCCCGCGGAAGCUCUUCCAGGGCGGUGACCCCGCGACGCUAGGGGAAUGGGACGCCGCGAUCAAGAAGUUAAAUCCGGAUGGCAAGCACCCGGGCAGAGACGCCCUGAUGCACUUCCUGGCCAACAGCCCUGAGGGCCGCCUCAUGAAGCCCAACGUCAUGGGCAUGGAUAACGUAACGCCGUCCAAAUCGCGCCUCAAGAUGUACUUCACUUCGCGCCACACCUGCUUCAACUCGGUCCGGGAGGUCAUUACCAUGGGUGGACUCCGCGACGUCUCCGAGGCCAGCCUGCAGGACCUGCGCUCCCUCAUCCUCGCCAUCCUCGGCCUGCCCGAGGACUACCCUGAGGACGCCGAGUUCGCUCCGGCGUCCGCGAGCGGCGACAAAAAGUGGGACGACUUUGAUGCGCUGUGUGAGGGCUUCACAUACUUCUUCGACAUUGCACCCUCGAGCGGCACGCCCGACGUAAAGUUCUACCUGCCCACGCGUAAAUACGGCCCCGACGACCUGACGAUUGCGAGGAACCUGAUCGCGUGGCUCCGGGAGCGUGGCCGUGGAGCCUACUGCAACGAGUAUCUCGCCAUGCUAGAGAAGCUCGCCGUCCACCGCGGGCUGGAGAACGGUAAGGGCAUGCACGCGUACAUCAGCUACCAGUGCACCGACAAGGGUGAGCCGGAUAUCAAGUCUUAUAUUUCUCCCGAGUUGUAUCAUAAAGCGAGGUACCUCUCCGCCUAG